AUGCGACUCCUUUCUUCUCUAAUUGCCCUGCUCGCCCUCGACCCGGCCAGCCUCGCCGGCUCGUCCGCCGAGCCCCACCCCGAGCCCCAACAGCGACCAAUCUCUUCCCCUUCGAGCGACGAUGGGUACCCCCGGGCCAGUAGCGUCUCCACAGCCUUCUUCGCGUCGCUCGAGCGCCUCGCCCGCCUGGUAGACAUCACAUACUGCGUCGGGACCACGGGCAUCUCCCCGCCGUUCUCGUGCGCCUCGCGCUGCAAGGAGUUCCCCGACCUGCGGCUCGCGUCGACGUGGAACACCGGGGUCCUGAUGAGCGACAGCUGCGGGUACGUGGCCGUGGAUCAUGGCCCCGGCCCCAAGCAGCGCAGCGGGAGCGAAGGUGAUGCUGGUGAAGAGGAGGGCGCCAUCGUCGUGGCCUUCCGCGGGACGUACAGCAUCACGAACACCGUCAUCGACCUGAGUACUGUACCGCAAGAAUACGUGCCGUACCCGGAGCCAGAUGACGGGAGUGGGAAUGGGACGGCCAACAAGUGCGACAACUGCACCGUCCACAUGGGCUUCCUGGAAUCGUGGACGCAGGCGCGGAAGCUGGUCCUGCCGGUGCUCAAGAACGUCCGCGCUCGGCACCGCGACUGCCCAAUACACCUCGUAGGCCACAGCCUCGGCGGCGCGGUCGCGCUCCUGGCGGCGCUGGAGCUGAAGGUCGCGCUGGGCUGGGACGACCUGGUCGUGACGACGUUCGGGGAGCCGCAGGCCGGCAACGCGGGGUUCGUGGACUACGUCGACCGCGUCUUCGGGCUCGGCGGGCUUGACGGGUACGACCCGGACCUGGAGCGGAGGGCGUACCGGCGCGUGACUCACGUCGACGACCCGGUGCCGCUGCUGCCGCUCAGCGAGUGGGGGUACAGGCCGCACGCCGGGGAGGUCUUCAUCACCAAGCCCGAGCUCUCGCCCGCGGUCGAGGACCUGAGGCUUUGUCGCGGCGACGAGGACCCGGCUUGCAUCGCUGGCGCCGACAGCGACGUGCUGGCCCAGGUGGCAGAGGCCGUGGCUGAGUUACCUCGAGCGCAGGGUCGAUACGAGGGCUGGCUGGACACGCUGUCCGGCGUCCCGUCGAGGCUGAAGCUCUGGCAGCUACUUUUUGCCCAUCGGGAUUAUUUCUGGAGGCUUGGCCUUUGCGUCCCUGGCGGUGAUCCUUCUGACUGGGGACGGCCACCGUACAAUGUCAGCUCACAUCCGGAUGAGAUGUGA